AUGAGCGCAGCGCUUCGCGUGCCACUGCGGGCAUUCAAGAUUGACCCGGUGAUCGGGAAAACCUCCAAACCCUCGACAUCUGGCUCCUCGUUUCUUCUGGCCUCGAACUCGCCGCUACGACAGUCGCCCUCUUCCGGUGUGAUCAAUACUUCAUCAUGGGGUCGUUCAGCGUCUUCCAAGGGCUCAACUCUCGCCGCUUCACGCCGUUCCUUUUCUGUGAAGGCUCCGCUUCUCUUGUCUGCGGAGACUAAGAGCCAGCACAAGUCUGAAAACAAGUCCAAUUUGAAUGCAUCACAGCGGAGUGCCAUCAAAUGGUUUCUCAUUGGAAGUAUCCUCGGUUUGGGCGCAGUGACGUUCUCUGAUCAAGCGCAGCAUGCGUUCCAGGCGGCGAAACGCAGUGGGCGUGUGGUUGGUACACUGGCUGUCUGUAUCAAUGACUACCGUGUUACCCUGAAACAAGACGCUUCCUCCCCCGAAGAACACGACGCACUGCUUCGCGCAUGCCACAAGCGAUGCGCCGAGCGUACACUCCAUGUUCUAGAAAAGAAUGGCUCGAUUUUCAUCAAAUUGGGCCAGCAUCUCAGCAGCAUGGGGUACCUGCUUCCCAUCGAAUGGACCUCGACCUUCAUCCCGCUCCAGGACAGAUGCCCCGUCUCGUCAAUCGAGUCAAUUGGCGAGCUAUUCCGCAAGGACACAGGCCAGGAUAUGAACCAGUUGUUUGCAUCUUUUGAAUCUACGCCCAUCGGUGCUGCAUCGCUAGCACAGGUGCACAUCGCUACGUUAAAGGAAACCGGACAAUUGGUCGCUGUCAAAGUCCAGCAUCCCGCGCUGGACGAAUGGGUGCCGUUAGACUUGGCUUUGACUCGAUUCACUUUCUCCAUGCUUAAGCGUUUCUUCCCUGAAUAUGACCUGGAAUGGCUGUCGAAGGAAAUGGAUUUCUCGCUGCCGCAAGAGCUGGACUUCCGCAUGGAAGCCCAGAAUGCUACUCAUGCCAGCGAGUACUUCAAAAAACACUCCGAUGCCCCACUGGUCAUUCCCGAAGUGAUGUGGUCCCAAAAGCGUAUCCUCGUGAUGGAGUACAUCGCAGGCCACCGCCCCGAUGAUCUGGAGUACCUGGACGCCAACAACAUCGAUCGCGACGAAGUCUCUGCCGCUCUCGCACACGUCUUCAAUGAGAUGGUCUUCGGCGACAACGCCCCACUCCACUGCGACCCUCACGGCGGCAAUAUCGCCAUCCGCCCGAACCACACCCGGUCAUACCCCAACUUCGACAUCGUCCUCUAUGACCACGGGCUCUACCGCAACAUUGACCGCGACUUACGCCGCAACUACGCCAAGCUGUGGCUAGCCGUUAUCGACGCGGACGUGCCGCGGAUGCGCGAGUUCGCACACAAGGUCGCCGGCGUCACGGACGAGCAGUUCCCGCUCUUUGCCAGUGCCAUUACCGGUAGAGACUACAGCGUGCUCACGAAGAAAAGCGUCGUUUCUUCGCGGACGGCUGAAGAGAAAAAGGAGAUAUCCGGCGCGUUGGGUGAAGGCAUGCUGCAACAACUGGUUGUCUUGCUAGGCCAGGUUCCGCGGAUUAUUCUUCUCAUCUUGAAGACCAAUGACCUCACUCGUAGCCUAGACGAAAACCUCCACACACGCCAGGGCCCAAUGCGCUCUUUCCUCAUCCUCGCGCGGUAUGCCACGCGCACUGUCUUUGAAGAGCAGUUGGAGCUCAUUAAGGAGUCUGGCGGUGUCUUCCGCAACUUCUUCCGUUUCUUGUAUGCCUACGCGAGCUACCUUCGCGUUGAGGUCAAGUUGACUGUUUAUGAAACUAUGCUGUCCUUGAAGACUCGCUUCGGCCUCCGGAGCGGUUAG